UCCAGUUCAGUGCGCGGAACAGAGGCCACUUCUGGCCCCAGACCACUCCAACUGCGCCUGCAGAGCCUCCGGCCAGCCGCCGCCCAGCCCCGCCCCGGCCGCUCUAGCCUGCGCUCUCCUCGCUGGUGGCGGCGCCGGGGCCACAGAGGGAGGUCUGGCCGGGAGGCGGAGCCGACGGCGGUAGGCAGGCUCCGACAGUCCGCUCGUCGCUGCGUCCAUCCGCUCGGCCCAGGAGCUGCUCGGUGCCGGCCGGCUGCUGGGGGCCUGUGCCGCCGCUUCCUCCCCGCCGGGGCUCCGAGGACGGCGCCUCCUCGGGCGCAGAGACCAGACUGUUGUAGGAGGCCCGGAGGCUGAGGCUGCCGCGCAGGCCUACGCGACCUCUCUGCUCCGCCUCCCGGGCCCGCCGUCCCUGCCGAGACUCCAGGGCUCGCACCCUCCCAACCGAAACCCGUUUCCCCUCCUUCCCUGGCCGAAUUUGGUUUUCUCUACAGGUGUGGGCAGGGACCUCAGGGCUCCGGAAAGUUUAGAACUCUCUCCCAACAGCUAGUACAGAGGCGCUGCAAUCUCGGAGUCCUGGCUGGCCGUCCUUAGGGUCCAGGUCGCUGGUGUCAGCGCUUUCCUCCUGCCUCCUCGGAUUCAUUCGGUGCCAUGGCCCUCAGGCCUGGGGGUGAGUGGAGCGCGGCCCUGUCCCACCUAGCGCUGGGAGUGGUGUCUCUGCACGCAGCCGUGCGCUCUGCCCAGGCAAGUCGAGGGGCUGCCGCCGGCUUCCUGCUCCAGGCCUUGGCUGCUGCAGUGACGGCAUCGGGGCUGGGCACACAUGAAGACCACAGGGCUGGGGCCUGGGUGGCCACCGUCAUUGGCCUGCCCCUUUUGGCCUUCGACUUUCACUGGUGCACUAACGGUCACUUGAUGUGCGCUGGCUGUUUUAUCCACCUACUAGCAGAUGCCCGGCUGAAGGAGGAGCAGGCCACGUGCCCCAACUGUCGCUGUGAGAUCAGUAAGAGCCUCUGCUGCCGGAACCUGGCCGUGGAGAAAGCCGUCAGCGAGCUGCCCUCCGAGUGUGGCUUCUGCUUGCGCCAGUUUCCCCGCUCUGUCCUGGAGCGGCAUCAGAAGGAGGAGUGCCAGGACAGGGUGACCCAGUGCAAGUACAAGCGCAUCGGCUGCCCCUGGCACGGCCCCUUCCAUGAGCUGACGGUGCACGAGGCUGCAUGUGCCCACCCAGCCAAGACAGGCAGUGAGCUGAUGGAGAUCCUGGACGAGAUGGACCAGGGCCGCCGCACCGAGAUGCAGCUCUACAGCAGCAUCUUCGGUCUGCUCAGCCUCGAGAAGAUCGGCUACACAGAGGUCCAGUUCCGACCGUACCGGACGGAUGAUUUCAUCACGCGCCUGUACUACGAGACGCCCAGGUUCACGGUGCUCAGCCAGACGUGGGUCCUGAAGGCACGCGUGAAUGACUCGGAGCGCAACCCCAACCUGUCUUGCAAGCGCACGCUGUCCUUCCAGCUCCUCCUCAAGAGCAAGGUCACAGCGCCUCUGGAGUGCUCCUUCCUGCUGCUCAAGGGGCCCUAUGAGGAUGUGCGGAUCAGCCCCGUCAUCUACCACUUCGUCUUCACCAACGAGAGCAACGAGACGGACUACGUGCCGCUGCCCAUCAGUGACUCCGUGGAGUGCAACAAGCUGCUGGCUGCCAAGAACAUCAACCUGCGGCUCUUCCUGUUUCAGAUACAGAAGUAGCACGAGCGGCAGCCGGCACCGCUGUCCUGCCCCAGCUCGGCAGUGGCUCCACAGGACCAUCCGGUCAUCCUAUGGAAGGAGAACAAACCGCUCACUGGAGAGUCUGCAUGCGUGUGCAACAGGGUCCCCGCUCUCCUCCUCCCAGGGAGGAGGCUGGGCCGGCCACAGAGACAGCUGCACGCUGGGCACCCCACGGGCUCAGGGACACGGCGAGGCGGGUGAGAAGCCAGCGCAGUGGCCCUGCCCGGCUCCCGUGUGCACGGCAAGGCGGUACUGUCUGCUCCGGCUCCGUGCAGUUCCUGGGCCGGGCUGGGGCCUUGCCGACUGCAGACAGCAUAUUUGAUUGCGAUUAAAAAGGCAGCCUUGUUUCCUA